ACAUAUUCCAAACAGAACCAAGUCUUUACACUUCAAGGAGCUCAGAAAAACUUGUCUUAGCUCAGUUCAUUUUCACCCAGUUACAAUUCUCAACUAAGACUUAACCCAAAAACUAUAUCUUUCCCAAAUCUCAUUUUCGUUUCAUAAUCGAUGAUGGGGUUCAUGCUCUUCUGCUUAUUGCUGUUGUCCAUCUUAAGCCAAUCAUGGGCUUUGGAAGCAACUGCCACUGAGUCGGAUCAGCUGGAGUUAUUGACUCGGGAGUUGCUGGAGUCGGCCAAGGAACCCGAGUUCUUUGAAUGGAUGAUAGGAGUGAGGAGAAGAAUCCACCAGUACCCAGAGACUGGUUUCGAGGAGUACAGGACGAGUCAACUCAUCAGGUCGGAGCUUGACUCGCUUGGGAUCAAGUACACCUGGCCUGUUGCCAAGACUGGUAUUGUUGCUUCUAUCGGGUCCGGGUCCAAACCCGUCUUCGCUCUCAGAGCUGACAUGGACGCCCUUCCUAUUCAGGAACAAGUAGAGUGGGAAUUCAAGAGCAAAAUAGAUGGCAAAAUGCACGCUUGUGGUCACGAUGCUCAUGUAGCGAUGUUGCUUGGUGCAGCCAAGAUACUCCAGAGUAGAAGAGACAUGCUGAAGGGAACUGUGAAGCUGGUUUUUCAGCCGGGAGAGGAGGGUUACGCUGGAGCUUACCAUAUGCUACAACAUGGUAUUCUUAAUGACAUCGAUGCCAUCUUCUUUAUACAUGUCGUGGCAGAGCUGCCCACUGGUGUCAUUUCUUCAAGGCCAGGGCAAAUGCUGGCUGGUUCUGGCAGAUUUUCAGCUACGAUCACAGGAAAAGGUGGACAUGCCGCUGCACCACAUAAGAAUAGGGACCCAAUUAUUGCUGCAGCAUCUGCUGUUUUGGCUCUCCAACAGAUUGUAUCAAGAGAAAUCGAUCCUCUUGAAUCCACAGUGGUCACAGUUGGGUACUUGGAGGGAGGUAAAGCAGCAAAUGUAAUCCCCGAGUCUGUAAAAUUUGGAGGGACUUAUAGGAGCUUGAGUCCUGAAGGCCUCAUCUAUCUCAAAGAAAGGAUCAAAGAGGUCACCGAACUGCAAGCUCUCGUGCAUAGAUGUAAUGCUACGCUGGACUUUAAGGAGGAGACGCCACUACCUUAUCCUGUAAUGAUUAAUGAUGAAGCAUUGUAUGGGCAUAUAAAGAAGGUUGGAGAGGCUUUAGUUGGGGAACCUAAUGUUCAUUUUUUCCCAAUGAUCAUGGGAGCAGAGGAUUUCAGCUUCUACUCGCAGCACUUUGCUGCCACAAUCUUUGUGCUAGGGGUGAAGAAUGAGACUCAGAAACCAGACCGGCCUUUGCACACACCUUUCUUUGUAAUUGAUGAAGAGGCACUCUCAAUAGGAGUAGCUCUGAAUGCUGCUGUAGCAAUCUCUUACUUGGAUAGACCUCUUAUCGAGUCUCAUUAAGCAUUCGAAAUGUAUUUCAUUCGAAAUUCAUUAAUGUAAGUUUCUCGCAGAGAAUGGAGGUUAAAACA